ACGACAACAAACUAGCUGCGCCGUUAUCUCCGGUAGAUAACCAAGUGUUUUCCAUAUUUAUAAGUGUUUCGUUAUUCCACCUCACCGGAGAAGGAGAGAUGGAAAACGUACAUCUGGCGGUGGAGGAGGAGGAUCUUUAUUCGGGUUACAACGACUAUAAUCCGACAUUUGACUCCGAGGAGUUGGAGAAUGAUGUGGGCUUCCAGCAAGCAGUGAGAACAAGUCAUGGGAGAAGACCCCCGAUGACUGCCAAAUUUCCUGGCACUGCUGUUGGAGCUCGGCCUUUGGCUUCUUCUUUUGGAGCGCGGAUCCCCAUGGCCUCUUCAAUCGGCAGACCCAUGACUGGAGCUGUGCAGGAUGGAGCUGCCCGACCGAUGACUGCUGUCAGAGCAGCAGGUUACACCUCCUCCAUGACCCGUGGCUCAACCUUUGACCCUCUGGGUCAGUCCAGGGGCCCUGCACCUCCACUUGAAGCAAAGAAUGAGGACACGCCUGAAGAGAAGAUCAAGAUUCUGGAGAAGAAAGUGAACGACCUGAUAGAAGAGAGCUGCAUGGCACAGAGCAUGGGAGCCUUACAGUUGGCUCUUGAAAAAGCCAAAGAGGCGGGGAGGAAGGAGAGAGCACUGGUGAGACAGAGGGAACAGUCUGGCAAUGCGGACCACAUCAAUUUAGACCUCACCUACUCCGUUUUGCUCAACCUUGCCAACCAGUAUGCAAACAAUGAGAUGUACCCAGAGGCCCUGAACAGCUACCAGGUCAUUGUGAAGAACAAGAUGUUCAGUAACGCAGGCCGUCUGAAGGUCAACAUGGCCAACAUCUAUGUCAAACAGAAGAGCUACCCCAAAGCCAUCAAGUUCUACCGGAUGGCGCUGGAUCAGAUCUCCAACGCUCACAAGGAAAUGAGGAUCAAGAUCAUGCAGAACAUCGGCGUCGUCUUUGUCCGCAUGGGCCAGUACUCGGACGCCAUAACAUCAUUUGAGCACAUCAUGAGUGAGAGUCCCAACAUCAAGACAGGCUUCAACCUCAUCCUGUGCUAUUAUGCUAUCGGAGACAGGGAGAGGAUGAAGAAGGCCUUUCAGAAGCUCAUCUCUGUCCCUCUGGGGAUCGACGAUGAAGACAAGUACAUCACAUCGAAUGAUGACACUGAAUCAAGUAUGGUCACUGAGGCCAUUAAGAACGACAAACUUCACCAGAUGGAGAGAGACCUAAAAGUCCUGGCUGAGAAGUACAUAAUGACCGCAGCCAAGCUCAUCGCUCCGGCCAUUGAGACUUCUUUUGCUACUGGCUUUGACUGGUGUGUGGACAUGGUGAAGAGCUCUCAGUAUGUGGAGCUUGCCAACGAUCUGGAGAUAAACAAAGCCAUCACCUACCUCAGACAGAAGGACUUCAACCAGGUUGAGGCAGUGGAGACUCUGAAGACGUUUGAGAAGAAGGACAGCAGAGUGAAGAGUGCUGCUGCCACCAACCUCUCCUUCCUCUACUUCCUGGAGAAGGACUACGACCAGGCCGACCGGUACGCUGACCUCGCCAUGACUGCUGAUCGUUACAACCCGGCAGCACUUAUCAACAAGGGCAACACGGUGUUCGUCAAACAAGACUAUGAGAAGGCUGCAGAGUUCUACAAAGAAGCUCUGAGGAAUGACUCGUCCUGCACUGAGGCCCUCUACAACCUGGGUCUAACCUAUAAGAGACUGGAUCGUCUGGAGGAGGCUCUCGACUGCUUCCUGAAGCUCCAUGCGAUUCUGAGGAACAGCGCACAAGUCAUGUACCAGCUGGCCAACCUCUAUGAGCUUCUGAAUGACCGCCAGCAGGCAAUUGAGUGGUUGUUACAGGUGCUGAGUGUAACUCACACCGACCCCCAGGCACUGGCCAAACUGGGAAAGCUCUACGAUGCAGAGGGGGACAAGUCCCAGGCUUUCCAGUACUACUAUGAGUCCUUCAGGUACUUCCCCUCUAACAUUGAUGUGAUUGAGUGGCUCGGGGCUUACUACAUCGACACACAGUUCUGUGAGAAGGCCAUUCAGUACUUCGAAAGAGCCACACUCAUACAACCAACCCAGGUGCAGUGGCAGCUGAUGGUGGCAAGCUGCUACAGAAGAAGUGGAAACUACCAGAAAGCUCUGGAAACAUAUAAAGACAUUCACCGCAAGUUCCCAGAAAAUGUGGAAGGUCUGCGUUUCUUGGUGAGGCUGUGCAAAGACAUGGGAUUGAAAGAAGUCCAAGAAUACGCCGACAAGCUGAAGAAGGUGGAGAAGAUGAAGGAAAUCAGAGAACAGAGGGUGAAGUCAGGGCGUGAGGGCAGUGCCAGAGGUCGGAGAGAGGGCAGCGCUGGGAGUGCUGCAGGCGUCUCCACACCUGUCCUCACCCCUCCUAAGAAGGCUGCCAUUACGGAGACGGAUGUUAAAGCAGUGUCUCAAUCUGAGUCUAAACAGCUCAGUCCACUGUUGGACUCAGGGAGAGACAGCGGCCACAGCAGCAGCAGCACUAAAGGAGAGCGGCUGAGCGCCAAGAUGAGGUCACUUCCUGGUUCCAAUGAGCCCUAUGAGGCCAGCAGCCCAAAAGAAAUAGAUGCGUCCUACGUGGACCCACUGGGCCCACAGAUGGAGAGGCCAAAGACGGGAGCCAAGAAGCGCGUCGACGACCAUGACCUCUUUGAUGAUGAAGAGCUGGUAGACGAACUGCUGCCGUAGGAGCAGCCUCCUCAUCUGCCUUCACUGUAUCGUCAGGACAUUUGCUCUUUUGUCACAUGCUCAAAGGCAAGAGCACAAAGUUUCACCACAAAACCAAAACAUUUUAACUCAGCUCUUCAGCAAAAAACAUUAAUGUGACAGAAUAAAGACUUUAUUUUUCAGGGGCAGCAAUGAGGGACCAGUGACUCCACUUUUGAGUCUCGGAGUGAGAUGUUUUUACCUCCAUCUGAUUGGUCAUAUUCUUACAUCUGAGUAUUUAUACAUUUACAUUAUACAUUUAGCAGAGGAAUGCCUGUAUAGAUGGAGUGAAUGCAAACAUGUUUAUCAGUCUGGAACUAUUUGUACAGUUGUGUUUUGGCUCUGUACUCCAGCACAAUGAAUUUGAAAUGACUGAAACAAUCACAGUGAGGGGAAAAGGUUGAAGUUUAACUUAAAUUUAAAUGUAUUUACAUUCAUAUUGGAUGACAUGUGAAGAAGUGAUAUACCGUUUUCGACACACUGUUCCUCCCAGGAGUGAAGGUGUUUAUUGCUGUUCACAUAGUAUGGAUGUGAACGCCCUAAAACAUAAGUCUGGAGCUCAGAGCCAAAACAAUGAAAAUCAUUAUCGCUGUUGUCACAUGUUUGACUGUUCUGUAUGUUUCCAUGUGUGUGAGCCUGGGAACCUUCUGGAAAACCCAUCAACAUGAUGUAACAUGUUGUGUAAUUUGUCCACUUCAGGUCCUGUUUAGACACAUUUCACAUUUUGUACUCACUCGUAAAAUAUUUAUUUGUGUUAUAGUAUUUAUUUUUGUUUGUUUCUCAUUAUAUAAAUAAACUGAAAAUAUUUUAUAUA